AUGGUGCGUCGCGCCUCGAGCGUGCCACAUUUGAACAAUAGCGGCGGUAGCAGCGCCGACAGCCUUAAUGCACGCAGCAGAGCUCCGGCCGGGGCGGAUCUUACGGGGCGCGGCAGGCGCGGAAAUCCCUCAGGCAAGACAACAACGCCGACGCAACAGCGCCAAAGCUCCAGCAGCAGCAGCGGAUCCCGUGUGCCGCGCUCUCGCAGCUUGACCAACGGCAUGCGGCGCUUCAGUCCGCAGAAGGGCGGCAGCAGCGGCGGUGGCGGUGGCGGCGGCGGCGGUGGGGGCGGUGGCAGCACUGGCGGCAGCUCACGCAACACACCUUACUUUCUGCGUUCCCGUGAAAAUGAAAUCGGCAGCGCAGACACAUUGGAAAUUGUGGCCUCUAAAUCCACGGGCACGGGCACAGGCAGCGAGGAGCCCUCAACGCCGGAGGACAAUAUCAAUGUGGUGGUGCGUGUCCGCCCUCUAAACGACAAGGAGAAACGUGACAGGCACGGACCCACAUUAAAGUUUCCUGGCAAUGGCCAAGUCAUCAUCGAGGGGAACGACACGGGCGCCAAGCGCUCGCACAAUCGUGACAGUGUGCGGGUAUUCACGUACAACGUGGUAUUUGAGCCUGGUGCCACACAGGAGGAUAUACUCGACUAUUCGGGAAUCAAGCGCAUUAUUGAGAUGGGCAUUGAGGGUUUUAGCUGUACGGCUUUUUGCUAUGGACAAACGGGCUCAGGAAAGACGCAUACCCUAACCGGUCCACCAGAUUUGUUUGUGGGUAAGCCCAAUCUAAAGGAUCCACGGCACGGCCUGAUCUUCCGUUCGUUUGUGUAUCUCUUCCAAUUGAUUAAGAAUCGCACAGAUGUGAAUUAUGUGCUUAAGGCUUCGUUUAUGGAGAUUUACAAUGAACGGGUAAUCGAUUUGCUCAAUCCGGGAAGCGCUCGUAAGCCCCUUGCCGUGCGCUGGUCAAAAAAAUCGGGCGGUUUCUUCGUGGAGAACUUGUUUACGGUGGACUGUGAGGAACUCGACGACUUACUGGCCGUAUUAGAAGAAGGCAUGAGAAAUCGUUCUGUGGGCUCGCAUGCGAUGAACGAUCAUUCAUCGCGUUCUCACACAAUACUAACGGUCCACAUACUAUCGGACCAACAAACAGAUGGUGGUGUCUUUCUCUCCAAGCAUGGCAAGAUUAACUUUGUGGACUUGGCUGGCAGCGAGCUGACGAAGAAGACAAUGAGUGAGGGCAAAACGCUGGAGGAGGCGAACAAUAUCAAUAAGAGCCUUAUGGUGCUUGGCUAUUGCAUUUCGUCGCUGAGCGAUAAUAAGAAACGCACCGGACACAUUCCAUACCGGGAUAGCCAGCUGACCAAGCUGCUGGCUGACAGUCUGGCCGGGAAUGGGGUUACGCUGAUGAUUGCCUGCGUCUCGCCCGCUCAUUAUAAUCAUGCAGAGACGCUGAAUACGCUGCGCUAUGCAUCGCGAGCGAAGCGUAUACGAACGAAGCCUGUUAUCAUGAUGGAUCCGCGAGAGGCUCUCAUUCUCAGUCUCAAGCGGGACAUCCAUGCACUGCAGAUGGAGAAUGAGCAUCUGAAGGCGGCGCUGAAUCUCCAUCAUCAGGCAGCUGCUCCUACGGACAAUCUCUUGGAACUGCAACUGGAACGCGUUCACACGGGAGAUGUUGGCAUACCUGUGCCAAAGGUGGACUUAGAGCGUUUGCCCGAAUUGGACGGCAGCGAGCUGGCAGAGCUAGUGAAGCUGUAUAUGGCGGAGAACGAAUCGCUGCGACAGGAAAACAAUCAUUUGUUCACAGUGCGCGAGACCAUAUUAAGGGAUCAAGAGAUCGUAUGCCGAGAGAAUGAACGUUUGCUCAAAAAGUUGGAGGAAGUGAACAAUGUCUGUGUACGUUCACCACUGAUACCAGCAAGACCAGCGUUUUCACCCACUACGGGUAAGGAAACGCCCGGGACCGAAAUUUGGACAAAUCCGGAAUCAGCUAUUCCAGCAGCUAUCCUGCCACUGGAGCAGCGGAUGUCGGAGAAUGCCGACAAGCGCACGCAUACGGCGCAGAAGCGCAUAGAUGAUCAGCGUAUUGCUAGGAAUAUACUGCUAAUGGCAAAUGCUUUCAGAAAGCCCCAAGGUCACCUGGAGCUGAACGCAGUCAAUACCAAUAAUAGCAAAGAACAUACGCAACCUGAUUUAAUGCCAGAUAUGCUUACAUAGUAAAUCAAUUCAGGUACCUAAUUACAUAUAUACAAUUAAAUCAAAUGUUAACACGCAAUUUCAAAUAAAACUUAUAA